GCUCACAUCGCCUUAGUCCUUACAUUACAAUGACAUUAGCAUGACCUUUUCCAACUCUAUUUCUCUAUUCAAACGCGUUCAUAUUCAGACAACCAUAACAUCACGAAACCGGCCGUAGGUAUCAAAUUCUCUAUAAAAUUAUAUUUCACUCUUUUUUAAUAAGCCAAGUUUUCUCAACAAAUACAUUUUUACAUUUAAAUAUUCCUCUCUUCAUCAUUGACCAGAUCCCUUUUUUGUUUGUUCAUGUCAGCCCUUAUAAAGUUCACAACAUUUACGCAUAUCUAGUCCCUCUACAACUCCUCUAUACUAUAUUUUUUACUCUUCACACCCCCAACAUGGAUCAAUUCCCAUACAUUCCCACUGGAAGAUCACCAAAACGAGAACUUCAAGGUCCUCGUCCUACACCUCUUAGAAUACACAAAGACUCUCACAAAAUCAAGAAACCACCGUUGGCGCCGCCGCAGCAACAACAACAGCAACAGCAUCAACAACAGCCGCGCCUACCGAUUAUAAUAUACACCGUCUCCCCUAAGGUAAUCCACACCACACCCGGCGACUUCAUGAACCUCGUUCAACGUCUCACCGGCUCCUCCUCCUCCACCUCUUCCUCCUCAGUAUCUUCCUCCUCUUUAUCAUCGUCAAACAUAGAUCCUUUCAAUCCUUUUCACGGUGACGGGACAAUAUCACCCGCGGCGCGUUAUGCCACGGUAGAGAAAGCUAUGUCUCCUUUGGGAAGAAGACAACAACAACUACAACAACAUCUACAACUACAACAACAGCAUCAAAUAGUACUACCAACAACAACAAAUACUACUACUAUUACUACUAGUACUAGUGAUGUAGUAAGCGACAUGGAAGUGAUAGAACAAGUAGAACUGAUGAAUCAUGGAGUUGAGAGAGGAAACAUGAUGUUUCAAGGGAUUUUAUCUCCGGGACCGGCUUCGCUAUCUCCGAUUCCGGCAAACUUUUUCUCGCCGCCGUCUUCGGAUCCAAACAUGUUCAGCAACUUACUUCAAGAUUUCAGUCCUGCACUUCUUAGUAGUAGAAAUUUUAUGGAGCCUGGUGCUAAUUUCUUUUUACCCAGUCCUUCUAAUUUUGUUUCACCUCAAACUCCUUCUAUUGAUUUAUUUAACUAUUUCUUAGACUAAUAAAUGCUUACCAUUUAUUGCUAGUUCAAUUUCCAUUUCAUAUACAAAGAUUUUUCAGAUAGGGCACAGGUUGUUGAGUUAUUUUUUUGCUAGCUGGAAUUUAAUUGGAUUUAUUUUUGGGCCAUUUUGGUCUUCAAAUUGUUUAUGAGCUACAUCGUUGACAUAAUUAUUUGUCAUGUACUGUCCAUUUGCAAUAUUGCAUUUAUUUUGUUAGUUGAAACAUGGAAAUUUACAUAUUCAAUUCAAAUUUUUAAUUAUUUGUAUGAUGAGAAUCACAUCUGGCAAACGUUGAUAAUUGAAAGGUACUGAAAUAUUUUUAUGAGUUUUACAUUCACCUUACUGCAAUUGGAGUUUAUUUUAUGCAUGUGUGUGUGGCCGGCGUAUUAGGUGUACCUUUAAUAGAUAUGAUAUGUAAUUAAUGGGGUUUGAAAAAGUGGGUAGAUUAGAGUUUUUUUAGAAGGGAAAAUUGAUAUUCUAGGGCAGUUAGUUUGAAAAAAAAUAGUUUUUCAAAGCUGAAGGAGCAGAAAAUAAACUAGAUGAAGAACCAGCAAAACCGGCAUGAAGUUGCAUACGACUGAGACGAAAACAGCAUUUUAAUACUAGCGUUAAACUAAAUUCUUUUUUCAAGGCAUUAUAUAUAUGA